AUGUAGUGUUGCCCGAUGCGGCGCGAAGUGAGGCGCAGAUGAAACGUGGGCCGCGUGAGAAAUGUCAGUGUGAAGAGGAAUUGAAGAAAAACAAACAAUCUGAAAAGGAAAUUCCACAGCAAUGGAGAAGGUGGAAAAGGAGCCGGAAAGCGAUGAAAAGGGGGUGGUGAAGAAGAAAAAGUUUGUCGUGCGUUCGGCAUCGGACUUGCAGAGAAUUCGCCUGGAGAAGCUCAUGAACAAUCCUAAUAAGCCCGUCAUGAUCCCCGAGGUGCCUAGGGAGAAGGACCACCUGGGAUCAGUGCCCUCGUUCGUGAGGAACGUAAUGGGAUCGAGUGCCGGCGCGGGUUCCGGAGAGUUUCACGUCUACCGGCAUCUGCGCAGGAAGGAAUACGCCCGGCAGAAACACAUCUCCGAGGCUAGCAAGCGGGAGCAGCUGAACGUUGAGUACCAGGACAAGGUGGAGGACAACAAGCGGCAAGCGGAGGAAAAGACAGCGAAGAAGCGCGCUAAGAGACUGAAGAAGAAGGCCAGGGCGAAAGACAGAGUGAAAAUGCCAAGGAAGGAGGCUGAGAAUGAACCAGAAAGCGAAGAUUCACCAUCUGAAGAGGAACAGGCAAAUGCGUCUCCUAAGGAAGCACCAGAAGAGGAGGUAGAAAAGGUGUCAGAAGAGAAGAUUGUUGAGGAAGACGCAAAAGAAUCCAAGGAAGAUCUCAGAAAAGAUGAAAGUGAAGAAAAAUCCCAAUAA